AUGCUUUCUGCAAUUCUAUUGCCCCGCCACUGGAGGCUCAAUACCAACGACAGCGAUGGAUCGACCUGCUCAGGUUCGCACAAGCGUUUCACCAAACGCCUCUUACAUUUUCAUAGACACAAACGAAACGAGCCCGAUGUCAAAGACAUUGACGCCAAGCAACCAUGUGCUGCUACCUCGCUAAUCGGAAACGACGAUGACCGGUCAAUUCACCAUGAGGCCCGGGGUAGGACUUGUAACUCCCUGGUCCUCCUGUGCAACUCAAGUUACCCUAAAGCAAACAUCUUGUCUCGGGCGAGACUGCACAUUCAGCAAAACGUUCUCAGCCUGCAUAGGGGCUAUCUUGGUACUCUUGGGCUAUCCCUGCGCGUCCCGUUCCUAAUAGAUCCAGUACCUAAGCUAAGGAUUGGCACCUUCAGCAGCGAUCAUCGCGGGGCAACUAAAGGCGGCCCUAGUCAAAAACGUCCCCCAGGAAGCCCUGGCAAGUCUCCAGCUGACAGCACCUGCAAAAAGCAAUGCAGGGGAAGCAAAAACUCCGACAAAACUCAGAAUGAUAGAGGUAGUGAUGAUAAAGAGGGGAAAGACAAACAUCGCAAACGUCGUAAACGCCGCAAAGAAAAAGAUGGACCACGUUUUCCUUGGCCUGAGGACUCUGCCGACCGUAAAAGGUUUCUCUGCCCAUUCUACAAAGCCCAGCCAGACCGUUAUUGUCCAUGCAAAGGACUCCGUAUCACUUCCAUCAGUUAUGUUACUCAACAUAUUGGUCGAUGCCAUGUAUUGAACCAUGUUACACUGGGUGCACAAGGAACCGGCCAAUCUACGAACGACAAUCCGACAGUCCCAAGAACGACAACGGACCCGGAUGAAAUAGUGAUUUACUGCCCGAUAUGUCGGAUCGAGUUCUAUGGCCCUGGCGCUGAUAAUAGAUGGGAUAGCCAUAAGAAUACAGGCUGCGUUGCACAAAGCAUUGCGCAGACAGGAGUUUUGCUACCAGGAGAGUUUCAGAAGCUCAAGCUCGCAGUCGCUGCCGUGUCGGGGGAUCACGAGAAGUGGAAGAAGAUCUGGACUGCAUGUUUUCCGAGAGAGUCUACCCCAUCCCAGUAUAAUGGAGCAGAAAUCACGGAUACUGUUGCUUCAAUUGGUGAUGGUAGCCAGCCACAAAUGCUGUACCAAGGCUCUGCCAAUGAGAUUCGCCACCCCAACCAUGACCCUCUACAAGUUUUGGCACCCCAAACCCCGGAUUAUACGGAUACACAAGACUCGAGCGUGCUUUUCAAUUUCUUUACCGAUCCCUGGGAUAUGCCACAUAAUAUUGGAAAUCUGGGUUAUGCUACAAGUGACAUCCCAAAUCCUGCACCAACUGGUUUGGGAAUGACAAGGACAGGGUGGCACGACCCUGGACUCAUGCAACCCGUCACAACGGCGGCACAGAACCAUACUUUUGCUAGUGAUGAUUGGGGCACCAACAAUUACAACGGCACCCGCUAA